GAUGUUUUAAGUGAAUAAUUGUGCGUCUAGUGUAAAAGAAUCGUGGCUUUGUGGAAAGUAGUUCCAAGGAGGGAACCAGAGUUCCCAGAUUUAAUCAUGAAUCCCGAACAAAACGCUUUUCAUUGGAGUUACCCUCACUGGGGCCCUGCCUCCAACAUCCCGCAACCCAGGAGUACACACUCGAUGAAGAGGUCAAUUUCUGAGAGCGACGACUGUGAUGAUGCUUUUUCUGAAGAUUCCAAAGACCAUUGUUCCUCACCCGGAGAUGCCGAUAGUUGUCAAAUGUUGAGUAGGAAAAAAAGAAGAGGAAUCAUCGAAAAAAGACGGCGAGAUAGGAUUAAUUCAAGCCUCACAGAACUCAGGAGACUGGUGCCUUCAGCCUAUGAAAAACAAGGUUCAGCCAAGCUGGAGAAAGCUGAAAUACUUCAAAUGACAGUCGACCAUUUGAAAAUGAUCCAUGCUAAAGGAAUGGACGCCCUAGCCUAUGACCCAUCGAAGAAGAACAGCUACGCCAUGGACUACCACAACAUCGGCUUCCGAGAGUGCGCCGCCGAAGUGGCCCGAUACCUAGUCACCGUCGAAGGGCUCGACAUCCAGGAUCCCUUACGGCUCCGACUCAUGUCCCACCUCCAGUGUUUCGCCGCUCAGCGCGAGCUCGCCACCAAGCAGCCCACGGGCUGGUACCCCGGCAACCCCCCGGCGACCCCCACGCCGGGCAACCUCUACGCCACCCCCACGCCUAUGUCCCCCGUCACCCACCAACUCCUACCCCCUUCCGCCAUCCCCCACCAUCACAACACCCACAACUCUAGUCUUGACUCUUCCGGAUCAUCCCUAGCCAAUUCCUCAAUGAAUAGUUCCUCAUUUAACAAUUCCGCAAAUUCCAAUACGUCCUGUGAGUCGUCACCCCCCAUGGUCAAGUCUGACCCCCACUCCUCAGCGCCCACCACGCUGACGCCUUUGACAACGGUGACGUCAGCCGGGAACUACCAUCACAGUUACCACCAUCAGAACCCCUCCAUGAACCCCCACUACCACCAUAACCUACCACCGACGCCUCAGUCGAAUUAUAGUCACUCCCAGAGUGCGCAAAUGAAGCCGUAUAGACCGUGGGGUGCUGAAGUUGCAUACUAGAUUCCUCGUCUAGACAUUUAGGUUGACCUAAUUUUUCAUCAUUAAUGCGCAAAAAGUGUAAUUUAUUGCGAAAUCCCGAAUAGAUGAAUCUAAAUCAGAAAACUUUGAACUAAGUCAAAAAUAUUUUGAGUGCUUUGGUAGUCAUUAGAAUUAAUAAAUUGUGUACAAAAUAUCUUGAGUUCUCGAGAAAAUAACAUUGUAGCUGUAUUGUAUAUAUGUACAGAAGUAGGUAGGUUAGAUCAUUUGAAACAACCAAUAAAAUGUGUGUCCUUAAAUUUAACCUUAGGUGAGACAACCAAUUAGUCGGUUGAAAAAUAAAGUUUAGCACA